AUGGCGGACGAAGUACCUCUUGUCGCCAAGGAUGCCUCACCCGCGAAACCGGCAACCGUUAUACCAUCUACGGACUAUAAAAAGGCAACACAAGUCAAGGACCAAAAUGCUGCACCGAGCAGAACUCACAACACACCCGGAGUCCUUUGUGGCUGGUCAGUCUGGAGCAUCAUGGUGUUCUCAUUCUCCCUAUUGGCAGCAAGCUUGAGUCUUUGGCUUGCAAAGGGAUCUGCUGGCACAAUUCGUGAUGAAAGCAGCCCACCUACCGUCGCACUCCAGAAUGGCACUUACUAUGGAGUUUACAAUCCAACGUACAACCAAGAUAUGUUCUUAGGCAUGCCAUACGCCGCGCCACCAAUCGAUGACCUCCGAUUCCAGAAGCCUCAGCCCUUCAACUCAACAUGGCGGGGCCAACGAAACGCCACGCAGUGCCAGCAGCAAUGUUACAACUACCCAUAUCCUGUGGGACCUCUCAUCGGUGGCACGGAUGACUGUUUGACCAUCAAUGUUGUCCGACCAGCGGGAGUCCGCCCAGACGCUAAGCUGCCCGUGGCAUUCUGGAUUCACGGCGGCGGGCUAGUCAGCGGCUCAGCCUCGCAGUACAACCUGUCUUCGAUCGUGGACACCUCAGUCGCUGUUGGAGAGCCAAUCAUCGCUGUCAGUAUCCAGUACAGGCUGCAUGCCAGGGGUUUCUUGUGGGGCCCGGCUAUGAAAAGGCAAGGGUUUGGCAAUCUGGGCUUUUGGGACCAGCGUCUAGCGCUGCGCUGGGUCCAGGAGAACAUCGUGGCAUUCGGAGGUGAUUCAGGAAUGGUGACAAUUUGGGGCCAGAGUGGCGGUCCACGCAGCGUUGCAUCCUUGUUAACAGCAUUUGGUGGGCGCGAUGACGGGCUGUUCUCUGCGGCGAUUAUGCAAAGCGGCACUGGCUUCCACACGGACUUUCGCGAAGUGAAGAACGAAUCAGACCUAACUUGGGAGAAGUCAUACUCAAAACUGCUCUCGCUAGCUGGCUGUGAGAAUUUUGCCGAGGAGGACUCCCUCGAUUGUCUCCGCACCGUCCCUGCCGACCAACUCGCCAUCUGGAUCGGCAACGUCACCUGGCCGCCCUUUCUCGACAUCGUGGAUGGAGACUUCAUCCCUUCGCCACGCUCUGAGCUCCUCCGCCAGAACAAAUUCGUUCCGGUCCCCAUCCUCAUCGGCACCGCAACCGACGACGGUGACUACUUCUCACCACGCGGCAUCAGUACCACCGAGCAGUGGGAAGCCUAUUUGCGCUCCGGCGGCGCUGCCAACGACACGAUCGAAACCAUCUCUGCCCUCUACCCGGACAUUCCCUCCCUAGGCCUCCCAGCGACCUACCCAGACCGCCCCAAGGGUACCGACGCCGCAACAUACGGCACGCAAUGGAAGCGCGUGAUGGCGUUCGCGGGCGACCGCGCCAUGCAGGCACCCCGGCGGUCGUGGGUGCGUGCGUGGACGGAAGCUGGCGCGACGGCGUAUAGCUAUCGCUUCAAUACCGUCACGGGGGAUCGACCCGCGGCGCAGGGCGCGGGGCAUUCGGUUGAGAUGCCGUUCUUGCUGUUUGGAGAGAAGGUGGCGCGGAUGGACGGACCUGCGUUUGAUAUUUUUGAAGAUGGGAAGAAUGAUAGGGCGGGAGACUUCAGGGCGUUGGCGCAGGUGAUGCAGAGAAGGUGGGUGAGUUUCUUCAAUCAUCGAGAUCCGAAUCGUUGUCGGCAGUGUGACGGUGCUGGCGGGAUGGAGUGGCCGGUCUAUGACCUUGAGCGACCUGAGAAUCUGGUCUUCGAUGCGGGCAGGGAAGGUGCCGUGCAUGUUGAGGAGGACACGUGGAGGGCGGAGCAGCUUGACUAUUUGGAUAGGAAAUUGUGGAAGGUGGUUUAG